AUGGCGGCCAGCAGGAGGCUGAUGAAGGACAACCCUCCAUAUGCUAAGGGGGCCUUCAGAAUUGAAAUCAACUUUCCAGCAGAGUAUCCAUUCAAACCACCCAAGAUCACAUUUAAGACCAAGAUCUACCACCCUAACAUUGAUGAGAAGGGGCAGGUAUGUCUGGCAGUAAUUAGUGCUGAAAACUGGAAGCCAGCCACCAAAACCGACCAAGUAAUCCAGUCCCUCAUAGCACUGGUGAAUGACCCUCAGCCUGAGCACCCACUCUGGGCUGACAUAGCUGAAGAAUACUCUAAGGACCAUAAAAAAUUUCUGUAA